GCGGCUAUAUCAAUUCUCAACGAAUGCCGAAUUCAAUGUAGUGCGCUUGGUAAAGUUGUUUAUACCGCUUUGCUACUAAUUUCUCAUAAUAGUCACAUAAAGAGUAGGUAUUUCUAUUUAGGAAAGUAAAGUAUCCUCGAUUCGAGCCAGUUAAGCAUAAUUCAAGAUUUUUGCGAGUCAAAAAUUUUUUGUUAGUUGUUAGGUACGAAGUGCUAGUACAAUAAAUUUGUUAUUUCGCCAGAUUUUCAGGAAUACAUUACAAAUAUGUCAGAGAAACCAGAUACAGUUCCUGGCCUAGGAUUUAAAGAUAAAGACAAGGCGCUCGAAACCCUGCAAAUCCUUGAAGGAAGAGAUCCUGAUUACCAAAAGCUUGCAAUUAAAGGGCUUAUUGGUAGAGCAAAGAGAACAUUAACAUUAACAAAGGACAAAGAUAAGCUACAAAACAUUAACGAUGCUAUGAAGAUCUUUGAAGACUGGCUCAAAGAUUUUGAAUUUAAAAAUCUUUCGAAAGAAAACAAAGCCUACCUGCCACUUGCUUUUGUAGAAACCUUACUUCCACUCAAGAAAAAAUACGGAUUGGGUAAUGAUUUAGUUGAUAGCUUCUUUAAAGCAUACAAGGAAAAAGCUAAAGGGGAAUAUAAGAACUUAAGAACCAUUUCUAGUGGGGAUGGUGAACCAACGUGGGACAUUAUAAGAAACAGGGAACUUAAGAAGAUUUGGACGGAAUAUGAAGAGUCAAAACCAGAUUUUUGGGGCAGUGAUGACUUACCCACAAAAGAGCAUUUACAGCUGAUCUUGUGGGCUUACAGUCCAGAGGCAAGCAAGAUUAAGAAGAAUAUUUCUAAUUACGAAGAAAAAUUGCAAAAUAUGAAAACUAAAGCUAACAGUGAUAGUGACAAUGGUUCAAAGGAUAAAGAUAGCAAAAAGGGUACUAAAAGAAAAUCGGAGGGUAGCGGUAGCGGAAGCAGUUCAAGUGGAAGCAGUAAUGGUAGUGAAAGCGAUGAAGAAUCUCCCAAGAAGAAAAGCAAGAAGUGAUAAUCCAUGUACUUAAAGAUUUUAGUAUAAACUGUUUUUUUUUUUAUUAUUUUUGUUUAAAGUUAUUGGUUUGUCUCAGACAUGUUAAGUUUAGGUAAUUUUUUUUUGCCAUAUUAAGUCUGUAUAUUAAAUAAUGUUUUUUCUUAUAUUAUAUAUAAAAAAUUCAAAUACAUAUGAUGUUUCAAAUCAAAAA